GCACAAAAUGAUAACGAGUGGAAUUUAAGAGCAUGCAGUGCAAAAUUUAUUGGCAUUCUCGCUAAUGUAUUUGGAGAUGAAAUCCUUCUAACACUCAUGCCUCUUAUUAAGGCAAAACUAUCAAGAUAUGAUGAUGAGACUUGGAAAGAAAGGGAAGUUGCUGUUUAUGCUCUUGGAGCUAUUGCUGAAGGAUGCAAUAAAAUUUUCUACCCUCACUUUGCCUUGUUACAGAUUGUAACAAUCCUUCGUCGUCUUUUAAAUGAUCAAUUUCCUCUCGUACGAAGAAUAACGUGCUGGACACUUUAUCAAUUUGGCACAUAUGUUUUUGAGGAAAAUAAUUCGGUGAAUAGUGAACUCUUUAGAAAAGUUCUUAAGGGUCUUCUUCUCAAAGUUUUGGAUACGAACACUUGUGUCCAGGAAGCUGCAUGUUUAGCUUUGACAACUCUUGAAGAGGAUGCUGGUGAAAACUUAGUACCACACCUGAAAAAGAUAUUAACACAGCUAAUGCGCGCUUUUGGAAAGUAUCAGAGACGGAACUUAAAAGUUCUUUUUGAUGCUAUUAGAGCACUAGCAGAUUCAGUUGGAAUUGAUCUGAAUAAGCCUUCUUAUCUUAAGAUUUUGAUUCCCCCACUGGUUUCGACGUCGGAACAAAUUUCAGAUUCAGAUAAAGAUGUAAUUCCAUUGCUAAAAUGCUUCACAUCCAUUUCUAAGGCUUUAGAAGUAGGAUUCGCUCCAUUUUCUUUGUAUGUUUUUGAGAGGUGCAUGGAUAUCCUCCAACUACAACAGCUAGCUAAGGUUGAUCAUGAUUUUGCUGAGGUUGAAUACGACCCAAAAAUCGUUGUUUGUUCUCUUGAAUUUGUUUCUGGAGUUGCUGAAGGGCUUGGCAGUGGGAUAGAGUCUCUGCUUUCACAAAGUAAUCUAAGGGAUAUGCUUCUCAAGUGUUGCAUGGAUGAAACUCCUGAUGUUAGAGAAAGUGCUUUUGCCCUUAUUUGUGAUCUUACAAAAGCAUGCCCGGUUUAUCUAGAACCCCGCCUGCUUGAGUUCCUCGAAAUCGCCAGCCAACAACUGAGUGAAAAUUUUAGUGGAGAAAACCUUUCUGCUGCAAAUAAUGCUUGUAAAGCCAUUGGAGAAUUAGCUUUCAAGUUUCCUCAAGAAGUCUCACCAGUUGUGACCAAUGUUGUCUCUUCCUUAGGCCUGAUUAUUCAAAAUGGAGAGACACUAGAAUUGGAGAGUGCAACUACACUAGUUGAAUACAUUGCAAUUGAACUAGCUAUGAACAGUGCAAUUACCAUUGGGAUACUAGCAUUUAUUCAUCCAGACCUCGGUGCACCGCACAUAGAGAACUUCAUGAAGCCUUGGUGCAUGAGAUUGGCAACGUUAGAUGAUAACAGUACAAAAGAAACUGCAUUUCGAGGGUUAUGUGCAAUGGUUAAGGUGAAUCCAUCAAGAUAUGUCAGCUCGGUUGCUUUUAUAUGCUUAGCCAUUGCAAGCUGGCAAGAAACAAGAAGCAUUGUCAUCCAAAACGAAUUCUCCCAAGUGCUAAACGACUAUAAAAACAUGCUUGGAAGAAACUCAUGGGAAGAAUGUCUUUCUGUUUUGGAUCCUGUUUUUAAGGAAAGGCUUGCUGAAAGGUAUCAAGUGUGACAUUGAUCGUAAAUCGGUUAAGUCUCAAAUCAGGGAGAUCUCAUUGCAAACAACAAAUAGAGUCCCAGGGUUUGAGCAAAAAGUGUUUCAGUUGCAUUUACAUUCUAAAUACAAAAUUUGAUCAUUUGGAUUUGGAUCCAUGAUUUAUACCUUGGACCAAUGAUAACUCUUUCAAUCAAGUUGUGGUUUUAUUUAAAAGAACAAAUAUCUUAAUUUUGAUCAAUAACGAGCGAAGUUAAUUGUUUCAAAAAGGUCAAAGUCUUUUAUAUGAGUCAAAUUACCCUUCGACUAUUCUCUCAAAUAAAGAGAUCAUUGUAGUACUCAGGGAUCGAAUUCCACAAUUCUCGAAUCACACAUUAGACUAAUGGCUAUCGAAUUAACUUAAACAGAAAAUAAGAAUAUUAAAAAUAAAAA